ACUUUUCGUUUCUAACUGAAAUCGUGUUCGAUGACGUUGAACAUUUUAUUUUAAAAAAUUCGAUAAUAAAUUCGCAUAAGAUAAGUAUCAAAACGGCAUGGAAGACUCGGUAAAAAAUUUGGAUAUUUUGAGACGGGUCAGCGGAGUCGAAGUCGGAAGUCUCUGGCUGCUGCAUGAUGAGUCCUUUAAAGAGUUCUUCGACUGGUUCGGUAAAUCCGUAACGGAGGACAACCUGGCAUCGGACAGUUUGUUGCGAGAGUAUUCAGAUCUGGAACGUAACGAUCUUGUGCUAUCGGAAGAGGAAGUACAGGUCGAACUAGAAUUGCUGUGCAAAGAUUUCCCUAACAUCCUUGAAUAUAAUGAUGACGAUGUAGAAAUUUACGAGGAACAACUCGAAGAGCUGGUAGCCAUUGAAGAGCAAUACGAGAAAUUGUUGGCCGAUGCCAAGCAGACUGAAAAGGGUUUAACAAAAGAACUGUCCGAACUGGAUAUGCAGCUUAUGGAUGCCGAAUUUAACCAAGGGAAGAUGGCUACAGAAUGCAUGGAAAAGGCCAGAUUUGUUGAAGAGAUACAGUCCAAUUCCCAGCAGCAGAUUUUCGACAUGCACCAGUGUUACGUUCAAGCUCAAAAUCCUCCGCUGUUCGUCUACCAAAUGCCGAUCGAGCAGUUCAACAUGAAGUGCGACCAGUUUCUUAAGUAUCUGGAAAUGUACAUAAGGAAGCAUUUUUCGGUGCGCAAUUUAGACGACUCGGAGCACGAACCGGAUCAGAGUCAAAGGGACAUAAUUAUUCAGCUGGAAAGUAUCAAAUCCCGGCUGGAUGUGGAGGAAGGAAAGCUAACGGAUGCCAGUAAAGAAUUUCAAGGCUUAAAACGGAUGAUGGAGCGGUUUCAGGACCUCAGUUGGCAGCCCAUGAAGAUUGAAGUGAUGAGGAGACAUUGUUCGGAGUUAAAAUCGGUAAAUGAGCAAGACACGCUCCGGAUAGAUGUCCUAAAGCAAGAACUGGAAAUGUACAUUCGGCAGAUGAAUGAGCAUCGAAUCGAGUAUAUCCUAUACGAAAACAGCAAACUGAAACUCGAGCGGGCCAUCAGUCGACUGGAAUACAUCAAGAAGCUGGCCGAGAUAGUCUCGAGUGCGUUGAUGAACGCCGAAAUGCUCUGGAUCUUGAUGCAGCUAGAUCUAGAGAAGAUGAAGAACAAGUUCGACAACAGUGACGACAUGAAUGCGGAAACGCAGUUGUGUUUAAAACGAAUCGAAGCGAUGAAAUCUCUGGAACGGAACAAUGCCGAAGAGGAAGCUCUUGAGGAACUUUCCAGCCAAAUUGCGUCAGUCAUGGGAGCACUGAAUGUGAGUCACUCAGCGUCUCACUCGUCGUCCUCGCUGACAGUGGCGGAUCGAUCGUUGAGUUUGAAAAACUAUUUGCAAGAUUUUGUGGAUUUCAAGAAGCGGGCGUUCAAAACAUUGUCGUCGAUUGUGAAUGGCAAGUUCUACAAGAAUAUGGAUGAGCUGAUUAAGGAGUUGAAUGAAAAUGAAAAAGCACUGCACAAAUACGUAUUUGAUGGUCCGGUUAAUAGGCCCCAGUUCUUCGAUCAGCAGUAUCAGGAACGUAUGCAGCGGCUAUCAUUUGAAAUGGAUCAGAUCGAGAAAGAUCUGAGGGCACUCAAGACUGAUUAUCAACAGAACGUCAAUGAAUCGAAGAACAACAAAUUCUGGCGCUACAACCAAAACCUGUGGGUAUGGUUCCUGACGGAGCCGAAAAAGGUUGCCGUUGCCAUCAAAGAGGUGACCACUGCUGCCUCCCAGAUGGCCGCCUACAAAAGCAUCUCCGGUCUCAAGUGCAAGUCGAUAGCGGACGAAAUGGAGUUCUAGUGGUCGGCGGAACGCGAUGUUCAUCUCCUCUACCAGUGAAAUUAGCAGCGCAUGUAUCAAAGGUUUUAUGUGACAUUCUGUCGCUAUUCCAUUUUCUGCACAGUAUAAUAUAUCUCUUACACCGUGUCAACACACAA